UGAACAUCCACAGCAUGGACAACUUCAUGCCCAACGCCGCACGCUGGAGGAGUCAAACGGGCCGGGCGCUGUGAACGUUUAUCCUACGCCAUAGGAGCCGACCACGACACGUACCCUCUGCCUGGACCGACUCCCACCCCAUCCCCACCUACAUGGAGAGGUAGCUCCCUCGCGCAGUUAUGGAUGCAUAUCCGCCAGAUUACGUGGCCCAUAACCUGCCUCUGAUCGUUCUUUCUGGCUUGGAAACGGCCGACGAGCGGAAUGCGCCUCCGCCUGUUCAACAUGUGCUCCCUGGUAGAGCGACUACAACUAUCAGCUCGGAGCUUCCCCCAGUGACGGGUGAGCGUGCCCAGCAGCUGCUCCAGCAGUUCUUGGACGCCGACGGCAGCCAUGCGCCUUGGAACGGCCGGAACCUCGACCGAAGAGCAAACCUCAUCGGGUUUAGAGUUCGGGCAGUCGGGAGGGAAUUCAAAUUGCCCCCUAGGAAAGCUGAUGCGCCGUCGCAGUCUAGCACAACACCUCCCUCUUCGCCAGGCCUUGCACCCUCGUGGAUACUGCACUCGCCCAUUUCUCCCCUCUCGCCUGAGUCGAGCAUCUUUCCCGAUGGUGUUAUAGCUCCCUCAUGGGUUGCAAAACAUCAGCAUUACAUCCCGUCUUUCUUCAUAUCUUUUUUUACAUUUGGCUCAGACCCCACCAAGAACACCUUACAUGACAAUCAGCUCAAGAAUGAGAUCCUCAGAAUCAAGGGACAGUUGCAAAAGUCCGAAUACCGCACGCGAUAUGCUGUCAUUCUCCUGAGUGAAAAGACUGUUUUGGAAGCGCCCGAUAUUGACGAACGGCUGGCAAAUAUUCGGAGAGCGACGGGCCUCGAUCCCAAGAGCUCCCUCUUUUUCCUCCCGCCGAACAUCUCUCAAGUCGAACUCUGCGCCUUCGUCGUGUCUGUAUUAUCAACGCUCCAGCCCAUGUGCAUUGAGUAUUAUAGAGAGCUCACGAAGCAUACUCGGCGGAAGAAGGCCCGCGGCUCAGCCCCGCCCCCAACAGCUCCUCCGACAAGGGGAACAAGCCAUCCUCUCUCGCAAGCAGGCUGGGCUGUACGCUAUGAGUUCAAACUCGGAGUCUUUGCCGAGUUCCGUCAAGAAAUGGACGCUGCCCAAAGGCACUACAGCAUCGCCCUCGAUGCUCUGUUUGGCUCUGACGGCAUCUUUGAGACCACAGCGAGCUGGUCACCGAGGUGGGACGAGAUACGGUUGCUUGCCGAUUCUAUAUCCAUACGGCUCAUCCGCUGUCAUCUGUGGAACUUAUGUCCCACCUCGGCUGUGCAAUCGUGGCUAAGGUAUCGAAACAAGUUGAGGGAUCUUAUAGAUCGUCGCGGUAAGGGCUCAUCGAACUAUGGCUGGGAGGCGUGGGAGUCGAGGUGGUCGCAGAUCAUGGCUCAGCUCAUCCACCGUGCUGAACUCCCGGUCUUCAAGAUUAAGCAUCCUGUAUCCGAGGCGGACCCGCUUGUAGAUGGAACGUACGCAAUCUUCUCUCCUCCUGAGAAGCAGUUCCUGAUGGGAGAGCGUUUAGGGCCGUGGGAGCUGCUCCAUCAUGCUGGGUACUGGUAUGCAUUAUCCGCCCAACACGCCAGGAGGCGGUUUCUGCUGGCACAAGAUAUUCCGGAAGAAGACCGCACUCCGCCUGGCCUCUCUCCUGCGACCCGAGUGUCCAAUAGAAACCAGAUGUAUGACUACUACCUUGUCCCGGAACCACAUCUAGAGAUGCCCCUUGAAGGAGUGGGUGGAGGGUUCGAACAUUGGAAAGACAUAGUCACCAAGCUCGAAAUGGCUAUACCGGAGUUCGAAGCGCGUGGCCAGUCGCGCAAGCUAGACCAGCUCAAACUAGAGAUAUCGAGAACUUUACUGCAAGCACAGAGGUAUGACGAUGCGUUCAAGAUAUUGAAGCCUCUUUGGAAAAGUAUGUCAUGGAGACGUGAGGGCUGGUGGAAUGUCGCUUCCGACGUCUUGUGGGCAAUUCACGAAUGCGCAAAAAAAGUUUCAGACCAGGAGACAUAUGUGCUUACCGAGUGGGAACUCCACUCUCCAGUCUACGCGACCAGGUCUAAAUACAAAUACGACCUCAUGAAAUGUCUAGACGACCUGCCUCAGGCGAAAGACUCUGACAUCAGGCCUAGUAUAAGCUUCAGCGCUGAUGAACUCCAAUCAUGUCUCUUCAUCGGUUUCACAUUUGCAGAAGCAGAGGGUAACGUCGGCGAGUCGCUUCGUGCACAAAUAGUUCUUACAUCCGGGGCCAGAUCGCAAUCCGCUCCAGUCACGUUGUCCAAACUGGGCUUUCAGUUCAAGGGGUGUCUCUAUGAAAUUCAGAUAAGCCAUAAAGCCGAGGAGCACACAAACGCGACCGCAGCGCGACUCUCAAACAUCACACUUGAGGAAACGAACGCCGCCCCGUAUAAACCGAAAUGGAGCGGCUAUGGAGACUUAAGGAUAGCACCCGGCCAAACUCGAGUGUACGGUUUUCCGAUUACGUUUCGUGAGGCUGGAGAGGUAGAGGCUGUAACCAGCAGUUUCGAGAUCAACGCUGAUCGCUUUGACCUGAUAUGUACAAAGAAUGUCCAGCGGAGUGAGGGUGAAGCGCGGCCGAUAUGGUGGCUGGAAGCAGGUCCCAAACUCAAACUCCGAAGUCUAAACCGCGAUUCGGGCAGUGUAGUUAAAGUCUUGCCCAAACCGCCAAAGAUGGAGAUACGGCCGGAUGUGCGCCCAAUCUACUAUACGAAUGAGCCUGUCACGAUCGCUAUCGAAGUGCUCAACAUGGAGGAAGAGGAAACAGAGGCUGUGCUCGAAGUCAGGCUGUUAGGCCGUGCCAAAGAUACUCUAGGAUUCUCCUGGGUGGGCAGAGAAGCCUCCUCGCCGACAAAGGUAGCGCCACUGCCAGCCGAUGCGUCUACCGAUGUAGACCUGCCAGGACAUGUGAUAGGCCGCCUUGCGCCAGGCGCAAAGAUCACAGAAAGGAUCCAGUUCAAUGCUCCGUCCGAGCCGUCGGAUUACGCUCUUGAGGUUAAGGUGCUCUAUCACUUGCUCAGUGAUCGCGAUAUUCCCGUCUCGAAAACGAUCGCUGUUGAUCUCAUCUUCAACUCUCCGUUCGAAGCAAGUUACGAUCUCACAGCCAGAGUGCACCCGGAACCAUGGCCAAGUUACUUCCAUGUUCCUGGAACGACCUUUGAUCAUCAGGAAGCUCCUCCUGCAACGGGCAUUGCGCAGAGAUGGCAGCUGCUGGCGAGAAUAGCUUCGUUCGCCGACGACACGCUCGCCAUCAAGGACGCUAGGGUGGAGACACUGGAAGUUCGCGGGGGUGCCAUUUGCACAAUAACGAAGGAGUUUGACGACACGGACCUACUCAUGGACCCUCGGGAUGUAAAGGAGCGGUCUUUCUGCCUUGAUGCCCGCAAACUCAGCUUAGAGGAGCGCCGUCCGACAGGCCUGGAUUUGAAUCUCACCUUGACAUGGCAGCGUUCAGGAUCUCCUGGUAACCCUAUAGUCACCUGCACGCUUCCCAUUCCGCGGAUUACCAUUCCCAUAAGUGAGCCGAGAGUCCUGGCAACAGCACUCCGCUCGCCCUCCGUCCCCAACCUCAUUCAUAUGGACUACGUCCUGGAGAACCCCACCAUGCAUCUCCUCGCCUUUGAGCUGAGCAUGGAGGCGAGCGAGGAGUUUGGCUUCUCGGGACCGAAACUGCGGACGCUGCACGUGCUGCCUAUGGGCAGGCAGACUGUGCGAUUCAAUCUGUAUCCGUUAGUCACUGGGGCGUGGAUCAACCCGCAGUUAAAGGUGCAUGAUCGGUAUUUCAAUCAGACGCUGAAGGUGGUGCCGACGGAGGGAUUACGGGCGGAGAAGAAGGGCGUGGGUGUGUGGGUGCCUGCUGAUGAGGAUGAUGAGGGAAGUAGUGCCGUGGAUGAAGCAUCGGGCUAGGAGCUUGUUGCUUUAUUGGCAGGAGACGAGAUGCUUGAGUUUUGAGGGGAAGACGUGCUCGGGUCGAUGAUGGGAAGGGUACUGCGGUUGUAUGCGAACUUCAAGGGUUAGGAGAUAUACCAUAGAAUAGAAUAUUCCGUAUCAUCCAGGGGCCUACAGGGUAUGCUGGUAUACACUUUUAAGUUGCUGCA